AUGGGCAUUGAAGAAGCCCUCCCCGCCUCAGCGCGCGACAAGCUACGAGCUGAACUCCUAGCCGAAGACCACAUCUUCAUCCAAGCCCUGCCCAAAGUCGAGCUCCACGUGCACAUCGAAGGCACCAUCACCGCCGAGCUGCGAUGGAAGUUCACCCAGCGCAACGGCACCCCUCUUCGGAUCGCCGCCAAUGGCUCUGAGAUCCACUCCCUCAAGGAGUUGGAACACGCCAUGGACCUCCUUCGUCCGGAUCCCAGUCGCGUCAACAACGAUGAGGAACGUUUCCAGUUCUUCGAGGCUUACUACGAGGGAUUUGCGUGUCUAAAGACGAAGCAGGACUAUUUCGACUUGGCGAUGCAUUACUAUGAGAAUACUGCGAGGAUGAAUGUGCGGUAUGCGGAGAUCUUCUUUGAUCCGCAGGGCCACACGGCGAAGGGGAUGAGUUGGGACGUGAUGAUGGGUGGAUUUCGAGAGGCGAAGGAAAGGGCGGAGCGGGAGUUGAAUGUCAAGUCGGCGUGGAUCAUGUGCUUUCUGCGCGACUUGUCGCCGGAGUCUGCGAUGGAGCACUAUGAGGCGGCUCUACCGUAUCGGGACAUCAUCGUUGGAAUUGGGCUUGACUCAAACGAGGAGGACCGGCCGCCUGUACUGUUCGACGAAGUCUUCACCCGUGCUCGCAAAGAUGGUUUCAAGCUGACGAUGCAUUGUGACGCGGACUCGAAGAAUGCACAUGAGCAUAUCCGGCAAUGUGCUUCUGUCGUUGCUGGCCAUGGCCUUGAUCGAAUUGACCACGGCAUCAAUGCCGCGGAGGAUCAAGGUCUCAUGAAUCUGAUCAAGGAGCGCGAUCUGGGCAUGACUAUCUGUCCUUGGUCGUAUUUGCGACACACGACUUUUGAAGAGCUGGGGCCGAAGAUUCGCACGCUCUUGGAUGUUGGGAUCAAGGUCACGAUCAACAGCGACGACCCAGCUUAUAUGGAGGACUGUUGGGUGUUGCAUAACAUGCUACUGGUGAGACGGCUGUGCAAUUUCAGCGAUCGAGAGUUCCUGGUCCUUGCAAGAAAUGCUGUGCAUGCCUGCUGGGCAAGUGAUGCGGUCAAGGAAGGCAUGUUGAGGGAAAUUGACUUGGUUCAGCAACAUUUCAUGGGCGAGCAAUGA